UUAAGGAAAGCACCCAUGUUUCUGUGUAGACAAUGUCGGGUUAUGUUGACAUAAAGAAACGGCUUUGUCGAAAAUUUGACGAUUUACUGUUACGGUUCUUGUUGUGAUUUACAAGUCACUCGCAUGUUUACACUGGCAUAGAACCCAGUUGUAUUUCCUGAAUUGAGACACAAAAUAGUGAGAUGGGGUGAAACUGUUAAAACUGUACGUUGCUACGGUAUGAGUCCUUUGAAAGACUGUCGUGCCUCAUCGUAAUGAGGCUGUGUUGGUCCUCGAAAGGGACAAAACAAUAUGGAAGCAACCGAUGGAGGAGACGGAGAUGGAGUGCCGGAAUCAGUUGAUCCUCUCAUGCAGCCUUCUGUUGGAGAUGCUCUGAACUACCCAAGUACAUCAAAGGAUGCAAAAGUGUCAAUCACACAAGUACCAAUCUCUCUUCUUCCGGCUUCUCAAACAAAGGCCACUUGUUCUCAGCAAUCUUUUGCUCAAUCAUCUGUUACUCCUCUUAGCAAAAGAAUUAGCGGAAGUAAACAUGCAUUACGACAACAAGCCAAAAGGCGCCGUAAAAAUACAACUAUUGCAGCAGGCCUACAUCUUGCCAGUGCCAGUCCUGCCAGAUUGAAUGUUAGAUCCAUUCGGACUCAACACACUGUUCACCAUCAAUCUUUUAACAGUUUAACCCAAGCUUCCACUAAAUGUCCAAGUAAUGACACAGAAAAACAUAAAGAGGAUCCUGAAAUAAUUGACCUUUUGAAUGAAGAGGAGGAGGUAGUUGUCCUUCCUGACAUUGGACUAGAUCUUGAACAUGAUGAUGAUGAUAUGGAGGAAGCCGAAGAACCUGAAGAUAUAGAAGAAGGCGAGGAUGGCAUCAAUAAUCAUCAUCUUAUGUAUGCAAGUGGUGUCACUCAUCAAUCCACCAUGCGUGAAGUAUUAGCUUCAAUCCCAGGCUUUAGGAUGAGGCGGAACAAGCGUGGUUUAAAGCGAAAUACAAAGCAGAGUACAAAAAAGUUGUCUGCUGCUGCACAGUUACGACAAACUGAAGAGGGUCUAAUAGAUUUAGAGACUCCAGACUCAAUACUUGUUAAUACUAAUCUGCGAGCUCUUCUGAAUAAGCAUACUCUCAGUAUGCUACCGCCCCUCUAUCAACACAAACUCACUCAGCUCUUACCCCCAGUUGAUCGAGUUCAUAGUCCGAGCGGAUUAAGCAAAAUAACGCCCUCUGGAUUGAACAAUGAAUUUUUUGCUAGAGCUUGUCAUGAAUGGAGAGAUAGACUUUCUGAAGGUGAAUUCACAACUGAAAACCAACAGAGACUAAGAGCCGAAGCAGAAAGAGAAAAAAAUCGCCUGGAUCCCUGGAAGCUAAAACAUUUUGAACCAAUUUGGGGUUGGCGUCAUCGGCCGGCAUUACAACCUAACCCACCACCUUCUCAUCAUCCAGAAAAUACUGUUGAAAAUGUCAGCCGUGCUCCAAUUCGUACAACAAUUAAGUUACGACAUACCAGUACAGUCUCAGUUUCAAAUGAAAAACUUGCACCAACUCCUGCCCCUGUGGAUCCUGUUCAAUUGGCUCGCCGCUUGCGGUCUGAUGGUGCAGUUACCCGGGCUAUUGCUAAUUAUCGUGAUGUAGUUGCUAAUGCUGCCUCUUCAGCAGUGACCUGUACUUCAUCAAUGAAAGCAGCCUCCACUACAUCCACACCACCCGUUAUUCCUACUUCAAUAACAUUAGCUAAAUCGUCAAUAGGACAAGCUAAACCAGUCAAUGAGUUGGUUAAAGCAGAAAAAUUGAGAUUGUCAGCAGAACUUGUUAAAACUUCUGAACCUCCUGAUCCUGCUGAUACUGUCACUGUAACUGUACCUUCAUCAACUUUAGCCACCCCAUCAUCAGUAACAAGCUCAUCGAUUCCCACCUGUUCUCAAGAUGUAAUAAAGUCAACUGUUCAUCAUGAUUCUGUUGAGUCUGAUUUACUUGGUGCUUCAAGAAAUGAAGAGGAUAUUGAUACAAGCUUGGACAGCAGUUUUGAAAAAGCCAUUGAAGCAGAUGUUGAGUUGGUUUCAGAAGAUGACGAUUUUAAAUCUGAGGAAAAUAUUAACUGUUUACAACCUGAUUCAAACUCUCAGAAAAGGUCCAGGGAAGGAGAUGGAGAAGAAAUUGAAAUUUGCAAAAAACUUAGGCCAUCUGACACCAGUCCUAGCCAACAUGUAUCAUUAAAACCAAAUGUCUUACUUGGAGAAUGGAAUGACAGAGCUAGUGAAGUUGGAGAUGGAUCAAGUCUUCUCGAGAUAGUUACAGUUGGAGGUGAUGGAACAUCAGUUUAUGAUGACACAGAAGCAGAGGCAGAAGAGUCCCUAUUAAGUGAAGAUAGAACUAUGGAUGAUGUAUCAAGUAUGGAAAUGGAUUGUGUCCAGACAUCAGGAAAAGUAACUCCCACUCCAAAUGAUGAUAGGGAGAGUCCAUUUGAGGGAGGAGAUGCAAUUUCUGAGGUAAAUGUUGUGCGUUCAGACUGCAUUGAUGAGGAAGGAGGGGCAGAGAGUCCUGCAGCUGAAUUGGUUCCUUCUAACGUUUCACCUGCUCUAAUAGAGAAUUCCUCUGAAAAGGAAAGUCAUGAUACUAUCUUUGCAAAUUACGACAACAAACCAUUUGUUCAUGAAGAAAUAUCCAAAUAUGAUGAAAAGCCUGAAAAAAUUCAUGAUUUUAAUGAGGAAACAGCUGCUUGUAGGGAAAAUGAUAAUAAUAUUGCUGUUGACAGUAAGAGCCAUGGAAAUCAUAGUGAGGAGAAAGAUCAAAUUGUGAAAACCACUGAUGAAAAAUUAACAGUUGUUAAUGUUAGUAGCAGCAGUAGUACAGACUCUGUAACAGAACUGUUUGGAACUUUUGAAAAUCCAAUAACAAAUGCACCUGAUAAUUCAUCAGAAAAUAAGGAGCUCAAAGACCAAUUUGAAAUCGACAAAGUGAGUGAUGAAGCUAUGGCAAUUGAUACCGAAGAAGAUGACAACAAUGAACAUUUUUCAGAACCAGCUAGCUUGUGUAGAACCAGAGAAGAAAAUGUAGGGCUGUGUGAAGGCUGCGAGGAUCAUAGUCUGCCAAUUGAAAAGAAAACUGAAAACUUGAAUUCUGGUGGUUUAUGCCUUGAAGAUGGAAGUCAUGGGCCAACAUUGAUUACAAACACUGUUCAAAGGGAUAGUUGUGAAGAUAUAGGUCUUGAUGAUGCUAGAAGUUCAAGAGAUGAGGAUGAUAUUGCUGAGGAGGAUGAGAAUGGAGAACCAAGUGAUGAUGAAGAUAGUAAUGAUGCAGUGGAGGAUACUAGUGAUAUUGGAUCCCCAGAGUGUGAAAUUUCUGUGAGCAAAACAUUUGUGGAUGCAAGUGAUCUCUCCUCCACAAGUGCUCCACAAAUUGACUCUGACUGGGAUGGAGUAGAUUCAAGUACAGAAAAGCUAUUAGAAGAUUUAGAGGCACAUGCUAAUGCUGUAGAUGGACUGGAACAAAGAGAAAGAGUAGAUGACAUAGCAGAAUGUAGUGUUUCUGUUAUGCCAAUGGAGGAAAGCUCAUUUACAUCUCAUGCAGCCUUAUCAGCUACUAAUUUCUCAAGUUGUACCUCUGCAAUUAGUAUAUCACCCAGUAGUAUAAAUUUUGGCUCCCAGAGAUGUGACAGAGAAUUGGAGAGUAUUAGAAAUUUACCGAGUAAAGUUGACAAUGAAAUAAAUGUUGCUGGAACAUCAGCUGAUCAGUUCUCAGAAGUGCAAACUGAUCAAGUAAAAUUGGAGCUUGAAGUUACAGUUACUCCUGAUGUCCAUGCUAGCACUGAAGGGACAGUGAGUUCUAGCAGCGCAGCCCACACAUCUGUCCCAAAUGUGAUACCUCCCCCAACCAUAGUCUGCCUCUCAUCUGCAAUGUCCAGUAACACACAAUCAAUAAGACCCAGUGUAACAGCACCUCUUGUCCCACCCAGCGCUGGAAUAGUUGUGCGGGCUGCAGGAAGUAACAUUGUUAGCUCAAGUGCUUUACCAUAUAUAGCUCUCUCAAGCAAUACCCCACUGCGCACUCUUGCAACGCCUACUUCUACUCUACCUCAGGCAACCCCUCAGUUUCGUCCAAAACAAAGAAAUAAAGAUACUGGACAGUUAGGGAAGGGUCGACGUAACAAUUCCUCUAAACCUCCACCUGGAGCUGUUAAUUUAGAGAGAAGUUACCAAAUUUGUCAGGCUGUGAUCCAAAACUCACCCAAUCGGGAUCAGUUGCGAUUUCAACUCAAACCACCUCCUUCCCUUUUAGCGAGCAAUACUGCAAAGCCUUCAAAUGACAAUUCAGCUGAGAGGGCAAGCUCUGCUCAAACUCAAUAUGGUGCAGUGACCUCAUCUCGAGGACCUAGAAAUGUUUCUCCUAAUGUCACGCCUUCAGUAGUGCCAUUAGUUAGUUGUCCUGGAUCUAGUCUGAGUCCAGCACCUGCACUUAUUGUUAAACAAGGAAAAGCAAGACAACCAUCUCCACCUGUUCUAGUGAGACAUGUCUUCACUUCACAGCAAGGUAUUCCUGUGACAAUGGCUGUACUUCCCCAGUCACAAUCUGCAUCCUCUUCAGAGGGAGGUGAAAAUAUUGCCCCUGCUGUUGGACAAAUGGCUCAGUACAUACUACUACAACGUGCUGAUCAAAGAACUCUAAAAAGAGGGACACCGCCACGAGCAUCAAGUGCACCACCCUCCAAUAACCAGGCUUUGAGUGGAGUUGUUGGAGCAGUUAGGGGCAGACCCUCUAGUGUUGAUGCAGAUUGUUCUCAGCCUCACCAGCAGGUAUAUGGACAACAGGGACCUAGUCCUGGUGUUCAAGCUGUAACAAGAAGUGGACAAGAAGGGUAUUCAGUCCCUACUAUGCCAGACCAUAUACCUGGUGCAUACCCUCAGGUAAUUCUACAUGGACAGGGCCAAAGCCUAAUAAGUAGUGGAGGAAGUCCAGGUCAAGCACUGCAGGAUCAUUCACAUGAAACAGUGAGUGAAGGAAAUGGACCCAAAAAUGAUUGUGCAUGUAAUUUGAAAGCCAUGGUAAUGUGUAAACAGUGUGGGGCAUUCUGUCAUGACGAUUGCAUGGGUCCAAUGCACUUGUGCGUCAUGUGUCUAAUUAGAUAGAUCAGCGUAUCGAUUUUUUUGACAAUCGGUGCUCAAAGGUUUGACUUGUCCAGUCAACAAAUAUAUUUUUUUGACAAACCUCUGCAAAAUCUAGACUGACAUUGUUCUUGUUAUCCAAAGGAUCCUCUAAAAUAUCAAGCUCUAAUGAUUGUUAAACAGAAUUUAAUGAUGUGUUAUUGUCAAGCUGAUUCUAAAGAAAAUUCCACAGGUUACUAGUUAUCACAAUUAGGAAAGUCAUAGUAUAUAUGUGGAUAGUUAAAAAUAGUGUCUUUAAAAAUCAGUUGGAAACUGCCUGCCCAGGAGUUGAGAACAUAAACUUUUUUGUUAACAACCAUUGAAACAGUGACAUUUUCCUAAAUUUUCAGAAGGCACCUGAGUUGCUCUAUUUUAUCAUCUCGAUCUCGGCUAUAAAUUUCCUUUCAUUUGAAUGCCAGCAUUAAGAAAUCUAGUAUCUUUGCUCUUGGAGAUUUCAGAAAUAGUCCUGCGCUAGCUGUGUGGUGGUUUUUCUAGAGGGUAGAGUACAGAAGUACAAAGUAGUGUAUUAUAAUAAUUAGAAACUCUUAACAUUAUUGUAAAAAGCUUUUCAUACCAAAAAGUAUCUAUUUUUAGUUGUUGCUCUUUUUGAAAUUUCCAUUAUUUACUGGUACACUAUUAUAUUUAUUUUAAAAACAAAAACACCUCUCAAAAGGUUAUCCUUUGUGCAAUCAACAUCAUUUUUUAGUUUUGACAUUUGCAAUGAAUGAACCUCUUAAAGUUGCUACUCCUUAGUUAUAUAUUUUUUACAAAUGGGUAGUUAUCAACAUAUUUUGGCCAAAAAGUGGUUCAUCUGAAAUUUGUUGUAAAUAAAUGUACAGCUCUAGAUUUAUAGAAUAAUAUUUGCUCAGAGACAUGUGUGACACAUUUCUCUAAAUGAAAUCAAAAUUAGCGUUGUAAAAUGCAAAAUAACUUGUUUGACUUGUAAACCUCAGUAUAAUCUGUACUUGUAUAUUUGUUACUUGUCACAUUCAGAUUUCUUUGGGUUUAAGAGUUUUGACUGAAUUGGAUAUUUUAUAACUGCACUAGAUUUAGACCACUUGGAUGGUUAUAUUUCUCCCUGUAAUAUGUCAUCUGCAUUUCUACCCUAGAGCGUAGGGUAUGGUCAAUGUGAGUCGUAUUAAUUUAUGAUGUCUGUCUUUCCACUGGAGGAGACAUCAUUAAUGAGCUUGCAUUCUGAUUCUCUUAAGACAUAAUGUGUGCUUUUUCUGUUGCCUUUUAUGCCCAACAGAAUUCAGUACAUCAUAUCUCAUUCAUUGGGCUUGCCCCAACUGUUUGCUGAGGGCCCAUGUUUGCCCAUUCAUUCGCAGAUUUAUAAGGACUUAAAUGUUCUGUAUUAUAUUUUAAUUUUUUCUUAGUCUUUCUUCUUUCUAUGACUCACUUUAUAUAGCACGUCUCACUUGUCUAUGAACAAACUAUUCUGUUCAAAAAUGCAACUGAGAUAGUGAAGAACUCAUGUAAGAUCUCAUUUAUGAUUUACAAUAUUGUUGUUUCUGACUUUUAAUUAAAAUUUUAUUGUAAAUUUUUGUUUAUUUUUAACUUUAUCUCUGUUCAUUUGUUUGUCAUUUUGUUAUGUAACAUGUUCGUUUUACUGUUAAAUUCCGCUGUGAUUAAGAUUUCAAGUAAGUUGUUGUUCACUAACACCAGUAACUCAAAUUUUAAGGCAUUGCCAGCUUUCUUUCACUUGGUAGGUAAGUGAUUAAUCAUUAUUCCCCGUCGUAACGGGUUUAAUUCUGUUCUUGAUGAUUUAUGAUUGUAUCCUCUUCCUGAUUUCUUUUCCGUGAAGAGCCUUUAGUAAGCUGUUUUGACAAUUUUGAAUUCAAUAGAGUUAGCUAGACAUUCAUUGACAUCACAUUGCCCUCUUCCCAAUUCUGUCUUCUUUUAAAAAGAAAAUUAGCAUGUUAAUAUUUGCUACUAUACCUAUUAUGCGUCCCCAUUUCCAAGGCUUUUACUUUACUGUUCUGGAUUAGUAAAGUCAAUUACCACACCAACAUCCGUUAUUCCACUCAAAAAGUGUGUUUUAAUUCUUUUUAGAAUUAGGAUUGCCUUAAAAAUGCAAAAUUUUUAACUGAAAGUUCCCUUUUCCUUUAAAAAAAAAAUCUUUCUUGUAAAUUAUCUUUUUAGUAUUCUUCAACACCUCAACACAUUCUGUCUGAUUCACUGCUGCCAUAUAUAUAUAUUACAUGGUUUCACUUCUGAGCAUAUGACUUCAAUUCAUCAUACUCUCCAAUAUAUUUUGCAGUAAUUGAUUGUUUAUUGUUUCCUUCCAUCAUUCAUAAAUCAGAUGAAAAUUUCAAGAGGCCCUCUUUUACUUUUUAUCAAUGAAUGAUUCAUCCCAGAGAAAAUGAAGAUGAUCUUUCACAAUUUUUUAUUCAGUUGACUAUUUGUGUAUAUCUGAAGUAAAAUUUGAACUUUUGAUAUUCAA